UGUCCUUUAGUUAGAGGUUAUGUUGGUAAUUUUGUUAGGGUAAUGUGUCUUCUAUGUCCAAUGUGUCUCUUAGUGUAAUUGACAACUUAGAAUGUGUCUCCUAGAGUAAAAAUUUCUUUUUUUUUCACCUUUUGGUUGUGGAAUUUUCUUUAUAAAUAUUUUUUAAGAUUCGGUGAUUUUUUUUAAACGAUUUCUAUUCGUUUUCGUAUUGUUUUGUAAGAUUUUUGGAUUUAAUCCUUAGAAAAUAUUCUUAACUGUUGAGGAUAAUAUAAAUUUUGUAGAAAAUUUAAAUAAAAUACAAAUACGUCCUAGGUUAAAAGUUCAGACUGAUACAAAAUUUAAUGUAAACUCGUAGAAAAAGAUAGACCUGAUUAUAAUUUUUUAUCGUAAUUAUUAAUUAGGGAGCGGAUAAAAAGUUUUCGACCCGGUAGUCCAAACGGGGUGGACCCGACUUUAACGGGCCUUAUAUAUAUAUAAUCAUGAAGCGAGGCAAAAUCUAAACUACGCAACAAACACAUUUGAUUACAGAGAGAGAGAUCAGAGCGAGAGAGAGGAGCUUUGACGUUCGAUGGAGAGAUCCCAAGAAGAACUUGAAUCUUCCAACAAUGGCGGAUCAUCACCGAACAAGAUACCUGGAUCUGUUGAUGAAGAGGUAGAGAAUGGACCUUUAAACUUGGCUCUAACAAUCACUCCAGAGUUUCUCAAGCAGAUUGAAUCACUCCUACAACAACAAGAACAAGACUCCAACUCAACUCCUCCUGGAAAAACAAAACCUAUGAGUUUUCCAAUCUCAAAGAUCACAAUUGGUGAGUGGACCCUUGACGCAGUCUACGAGCAAGAUCUCAAGGCUAAAAUCUAUUUCGCAAGGAAGAAGAUCAUGUGGGAGUGUGUCGAAGAUGUCUCAACAACAACUGGGAUGAAUAGGAAGAUUGAGAUGCAAUGGGGUGAUGUCUUGUCUCUUAAACCAUGGUACCAUCCACAUGACCAAACCGGAAUCCUUAAAGUCGAGUUGAGAAAACCUCCAACGUUCUUCAUAGAGACUAAUCCACAGGCGAGAAAACACACUCAGUGGCAACAGUUGUAUCAAGAUUUCACACGUAAUCACUCUGCUUCUCGUAACAGGAUACAUACACUUCAUUUUGCUCCUGGAGUUCUGCAGAAGAAUAUGGAGAAGCUUGUUUCAGGCGAUAGGUUUUGGUCAGAACUGGUCAAGGUCCACUUCCCAACUUUGGAACAUCUUUACUUCUACGACAUUGGCUAUGGAAACAGUAUGAACAACAUGCAUGAUGGCAACAGAGUUCCACGGUAA